AUUUUAGGAGAGGCAGGGUCUCACUACGUUGCCCAGACUGGUCUUGAACUCCUUCCUGGGCUCAAGCAGUCCUCUCGCCUUGGCCUCCCAAAGUGUUGGGAUUACAGGCGUGAGCCACCGGCCCGCCUAGCCAACUCUCCAUUCACUCAUUCUUAUGUGAAACAGUAACAGAACCAUACCACAUCUGUGGGGCUUCUCCUGACUCCCCAAGCCACCCAAGAGCCACUUUGCCUACGUCCUUAUCAUAGGAAUUACCCUAAAUGAUUAUAGGACAUUGUAAUUGUUUGCCCCACUGUUUCCUUCCUAAGAUUGUGACCUCUUGGAGGGCAGAAAUGGAUUUUUCACUCUCAGCUUCAGUCUGUCACAGAGCCUGACAGUUUCCUUAGCAUUCUUUGACAAUAGCAGAAGCCUAAAGAACUUCCAAGGAAAUACAGAAUCCGGGAAAGAAUUGUUCCUAGCGAUUAGGGAAAUCUCGCGAGAUUCAGGUCCUGGGAGCCUGGCAAGCCCACACAGCGACGGUUAUUUAGCCGUUGAACUGCCAGCCGCCCGGGGCCCACGCGCUCCGGGCCGCUCAGGCUGAGCGAUUUCCCGCCUUUUCUGAUGUUCUGAGGCGGGAGCUAUUGGUUCUUUCUGUUGCCCUCAUAGACCGUAUGUAGCAGUUCGCGUGGGCACAGAACCCACGGUUUCCCGCUAGUUCUUCAAAGAUAUUUACAACCGUAACAGAGAAAAUGGAAAAGCAAAAGCCCUUUGCAUUGUUCGUACCACCGAGAUUAAGCAGCAGUCAGGUGUCUGCGGUGAAACCUCAGACCCUGGGAGGCGAUUCCACUUUCUUCAAGAGUUUCAACAAAUGUACUGAAGAUGAUUUUGAGUUUCCAUUUGCAAAGACUAAUCUCUCCAAAAAUGGGGAAAACAUUGAUUCAGAUCCUGCUUUACAAAAAGUUAAUUUCUUGCCCAUGCUUGAGCAGGUUGGUAGUUCUGACUGUCACUAUCAGGAAGGACUAAAAGACUCUGAUUUGGAGAAUUCAGAGAGAUUGAGCAGAGUGUAUUCAAAACUGUAUAAGGAGGCUGAAAAGAUAAAAAAAUGGAAAGUAAGUACAGAAGCUGAACUGAGACAGAAAGAAAGUAAGUUGCAAGAAAACAGAAAGAUAAUUGAAGCACAGCGAAAAGCCAUUCAGGAACUGCAAUUUGGUAAUGAAAAAGUAAGUUUGAAAUUAGAAGAAGGAAUUCAAGAAAAUAAAGAUUUAAUAAAAGAGAAUAAUGCCACAAGGCAUUUAUGUAAUCUACUCAAAGAAACCUGUGCUAGAUCUGCAGAAAAGACAAAGAAAUAUGAAUAUGAACGGGAAGAAACCAGGCAAGUUUAUAUGGAUCUAAAUAAUAACAUUGAGAAAAUGAUAACAGCUUUUGAGGAACUUCGUGUGCAAGCUGAGAAUUCCAGACUGGAAAUGCAUUUUAAGUUAAAGGAAGAUUAUGAAAAAAUCCAACACCUUGAACAAGAAUACAAGAAGGAAAUAAAUGACAAGGAAAAGCAGGUAUCACUACUAUUGAUCCAAAUCACUGAGAAAGAAAAUAAAAUGAAAGAUUUAACAUUUCUGCUAGAGGAAUCCAGAGAUAAAGUUAAUCAAUUAGAGGAAAAGACAAACGCAUACCCACUGAAGUGUGUUCAUUUAAGUGACUUUUCAUUGUUUUCCAUAGAAUUACAGAGUGAAAACUUAAAACAAUCAAUUGAGAAGCAGCAUCAUUUGACUAAAGAACUAGAAGAUAUUAAAGUGUCAUUACAAAGAAGUGUGAGUACUCAAAAGGCUUUAGAGGAAGAUUUACAGAUAGCAACAAAAACAAUUUGUCAGCUAACUGAAGAAAAAGAAACUCAAAUGGAAGAAUCUAAUAAAGCUAGAGCUGCUCAUUCGUUUGUGGUUACUGAAUUUGAAACUACUGUCUGCAGCUUGGAAGAAUUAUUGAGAAUAGAACAGCAAAGAUUGGAAAAAAAUGAAGAUCAAUUGAAAAUACUUACCAUGGAGCUUCAAAAGAAAUCAAGUGAACUGGAAGAGAUGACUAAGCUUACAAAUAACAAAGAAGUAGAACUUGAAGAAUUGAAAAAAGUCUUGGGAGAAAAGGAAACGCUUUUAUAUGAAAAUAAACAAUUUGAGAAGAUUGCUGAAGAAUUAAAAGGAACAGAACAAGAACUAAUUGGUCUUCUCCAAGCCAGAGAGAAAGAAGUACAUGAUUUGGAAAUACAGUUAACUGCCAUUACCACAAGUGAACAGUAUUAUUCAAAAGAGGUUAAAGAUCUGAAAACUGAGCUUGAAAAUGAGAAGCUUAAGAAUACUGAAUUAACUUCACACUGCAACAAGCUUUCACUAGAAAACAAAGAGCUCACACAGGAAACAAGUGAUAUGACCCUAGAACUCAAGAAUCAGCAAGAAGAUAUUAAUAAUAACAAAAAGCAAGAAGAAAGGAUGUUGAAACAAAUAGAAAAUCUUCAAGAAACAGAAACCCAAUUAAGAAAUGAACUAGAAUAUGUGAGAGAAGAGCUAAAACAGAAAAGAGAUGAAGUUAAAUGUAAAUUGGACAAGAGUGAAGAAAAUUGUAACAAUUUAAGGAAACAAGUUGAAAAUAAAAACAAGUAUAUUGAAGAACUUCAGCAGGAGAAUAAGGCCUUGAAAAAAAAAGGUACAGCAGAAAGCAAGCAACUGAAUGUUUAUGAGAUAAAGGUCAAUAAAUUAGAGUUAGAACUAGAAAGUGCCAAACAGAAAUUUGGAGAAAUCACAGACACCUAUCAGAAAGAAAUUGAGGACAAAAAGAUAUCAGAAGAAAAUCUUUUGGAAGAGGUUGAGAAAGCAAAAGUAAUAGCUGGUGAAGCAGUAAAAUUACAGAAAGAAAUUGAUAAGCGAUGUCAACAUAAAAUAGCUGAAAUGGUAGCACUUAUGGAAAAACAUAAGCACCAAUAUGAUAGGAACAUUGAAGAAAGAGACUCAGAAUUAGGACUUUAUAAGAGCAAAGAACAAGAACAGUCAUCACUGAGAGCAUCUUUGGAGAUUGAACUAUCCAAUCUCAAGGCUGAACUUUUGUCUGUUAAGAAGCAACUUGAAAUAGAAAGAGAAGAGAAGAAAAAACUCAAAAGAGAGGCAAAAGAAAACACAGCUACUCUUAAAGAAAAAAAAGACAAGAAAACACAAACAUCUUUAUUGGAAACACCUGAAAUUUAUUGGAAAUUGGAUUCUAAAGCAGUUCCUUCACAAACUGUAUCUCGAAAUUUCACAUCAGUUGAUCAUGGCAUAUCCAAAGAUAAAAGAGACUAUCUGUGGACAUCUGCCAAAAAUACUUUAUCUACACCAUUGCCAAAGGCAUAUACAGUGAAGACACCAACAAAACCAAAACUACAGCAAAGAGAAAACUUGAAUAUACCCAUUGAAGAAAGUAAUAAAAAGAGAAAAAUGGCCUUUGAAUUUGAUAUUAAUUCAGAUAGUUCAGAAUCUACUGAUCUUUUGAGCAUGGUUUCAGAAGAAGAGACAUUGAAAACACUGUAUAGGAACAAUAAUCCACCAGCUUCUCAUCUUUGUGUCAAAACACCAAAAAAGGCCCCUUCAUCUCUAACAACCCCUGGAUCUACACUGAAGUUUGGAGCUAUAAGAAAAAUGCGGGAGGACCGUUGGGCUGUAAUUGCUAAAAUGGAUAGGAAAAAAAAACUAAAAGAAGCUGAAAAGUUAUUUGUUUAAUUUCAGAGAAUCAGUGUAGUUAAGGAGCCUAAUAACAUGAAACUUAUAGUUAAUAUUUUGUUCUUAUUUGCCAGAGCCAAAUUUUAUCUGGAAGUUGAGACUUAAAAAAUACGUGCAUCAGUGAUUUGUGUUUCUUUAUAUUUUUAGCCUAAAUGUUAACUACAUAUUGUCUGGAAACCUGUCAUUGUAUUCAGAUAAUUAGAUGAUUAUAUAUUGUUGUUACUUUUUCUUGUAUUCAUGAAAACUGUUUUUACUAAGUUUUCAAAUUUGUAAAGUUAGCCUUUGAAUGCUAGGAAUGCAUUAUUGAGGGUCAUUCUUUAUUCUUUACUAUUAAAAUAUUUUGGAUGCAAA